GCUCAAAUACAACACGGCAUUCCUUUCCUUCAACUAUUAAUAAGCGACCAUGCCGAAGAUCAGGACACAGCGGACGAAACGGCCACCAGAAGGCUUUGAUGAAUUGGAGCCAACUUUCCGGGAGUUCGAUAAGAAAAUGAGAGAUGUUGAAAAUGAAUCACACGAAGGAAAGCGCAAAGUGGAAAGCGUGUGGCCAGUGUUCCGAAUCCAUCACCAGCGAUCUCGCUAUGUCUAUGAUCUGUACUAUAAACGCAAGGCUAUAUCCAAAGAGUUGUAUGACUACCUACUAAAGAACAGCUAUGCCGACGCCAAUCUUAUCGCAAAAUGGAAGAAGCCUGGAUUCGAGCGAGUGUGUUGUUUAAGAUGUAUACAGCCUAAAGAUACGAAUUUUGGCACUACUUGCGUUUGUCGAGUUCCAAAAGCGAAGUUGGAAGAAGGGAAAAUUGUCGAGUGCGUGCAUUGCGGAUGUAGAGGUUGUGCCAGUGGAGACUAGACGACAGGCUCGGGGAAUUCAAAUCACCCUUCCACUUCAACUGUCAUCACCAUCAACACCCAUCAUCCAACAAUGUCGUUGGAGAUAACGAAUCAUAAAUAAAUUUUUGUUUUAUUCUCUACGUUUGUUCUUCAAAAAAGUUACACGA